AUGGCAAGUUUACGGGCGCCGCGUGCCGGAUCUGCCAGAGACCAACAGAUCAAGGUAGAGAAAUCUUUUGACCCAGAAGAAGCCCUAAAAUGCCUGGUGUGGAUACGAGAGGUCACGGGAGAAAACAUCCCAGUUGAAGAAGUUAUAGACAGCAAACAACAAGUGGCUGAGUUUUUCUACAAAACCCUCAAAGAUGGCGUAUUGCUGACCAG